CUGUGAGCUAAGAAGCUAAGACCUUCAGACAAGUCAGAACUGCACAUCCUCACCAGGUUGAAGACAUGGCCUCAGGUCAGAUGGAGGUUGCCGCCCUCAGUCGUCCUUUUGCUUUGGGGAUGUUGUACGACGUAAGGAAAGAUAAACUAAACAUGGAUUUCACACUGUGGGACAAAGAAACAAUUACAAACAACAAGACUACGCAGAAUCAGACCAGCAGUGCAUAUCAAAUUACUGCAUUAGACUCCAUUGAGACCAAGUCUUCUCUGCUGGAUGUCAGUGCUUCUCUCAAAGCCAGUUUCCUGGGGGGGCUGAUUGAAGUCGGAGGAUCUGCCAGCUAUCUGAAUGACAACAAGAAGUUCAAGAACCAGAGCAGAGUGACGCUUCAGUUCAAAGCUACGACUGCAUUUGAACGGCUGGCAAUGACUCACCUUGAUGCAAAGAACAGGGAGCUGCAAGACAUCAUUAAGAAAAGCAACGCAACACACGUAGUCACAGGCAUCCAGUAUGGGGCACAUGCUUUCUUUGUGUUUGACAGCAAGAAGCUGGAGAGCAGCAGUGUUGAGAACAUCGGGGCCAGCAUGCAGGCUACGAUUAAGAAGAUUCCAUCAUUUGACUUUGAGGCAAAAGUUGACGUCAAGCUGAGUAAAGAAGAAAAAGCUGUAACUGAUGAAUUCUCCUGCAAGUUCUACGGAGACUUCAUUCUCGACAGCAACCCUUCAACAUUUGAAGAUGCAGUGAAGACCUACUCACAGCUUCCAAAGCUCCUUGGAGGAAACGGAGAGAAAGGAGUUCCUGUCAAAGUGUGGCUGACACCGCUGAAGAAUCUGGACCCAACCGCUGAGGAGAUGAAGGGAGAGAUUUGUGUCGGGUUACUGAGGAAAGCUGAGAAUGCUCUAGAAAUCAUCAAAGAAAUGGAAAUGAGAUGCAAUGACUCUCUGGAUGAAGACGUGGUUCAGAGUUUUCCACAGAUUCGCAACAAGUUGAAGCGUUUCCAAAACCUCUGUCAAGAUUACACAAAAAAACUCAGACAGACCAUGAUGAAGACAUUCUGUUCUAUCCGUGAGGGUAAAGAAGACGAGACUUCACUGGAGAAACUCUUAGACGACCAGGAGAAGUCACCAUUCAGUCGGGAGAACUUAGACAAGUGGUUAGAUAAUACAGAGAGAGAAAUCAACGUCAUCAGGUCCUGUGUGGAAGCAAUGAAGGGGAUAAAAAUCACUAAAGAUGAGUCCGAGUUCGACAGAGCGGUUUUUUCUCAGGAUGUAGACGAUGUCCUGAGCUUUGUUUUCACCUCUGUGGAAACUGACGACCCCUACCUGGACCAGAUGGAAAAGUAUCUCCACAGCCAUGAUUCACAUGAUAAAAGCUUCACUCCACCAACUAAAGACCACUGGUUCUUCUCAGUUGAAGUGGUAGCCAACCUGAGACAGAAAGCUGAAGAGUUCUGCAGCAUUGCCAAAGGCCUGAAGAGCAGCAGCAGGUUUAGUUUCAUUGUGGGAUUAAAAACAAAUAAGAAAUACAAAGGAGCAACCAUCUACCACUACAGGAAGGGCCGUCAGGUCACUGAAGAGUUUUCAAAGCCUGCUGUUCCUGAUGUGGAAAAAGUUAAAGACAGACAAAAUCUAAUCUGGUACGCCUGUGAUCUCACCUUGGACCCAAACACUGCAAACAACUACCUGAUUCUGUCUGAGGACAACAAGAAGGCAACGUGUGGAGCAUGGCAGACGUAUUCUGACUGUCCUGAGAGGUUUGAUACAAAGACUCAGGUUCUGUGCAGGGAGGGGCUGACUGGGCGCCAUUACUGGGAAGUGGAGUGGAGUACUGGUUCUAGUAAUAACGUAGGUGUAGCUGUUACGUACCAAAGCAUUGUAAGGAAGGGAAACAGUGACGAGGCAGCGCUCGGUUCUAAUACCAAAUCCUGGUAUUUUGGUGUGUACGAGCAAGAGCUCAAUGCUUGGCAUAAUGGUAAAGAGUGGAAUGGCAAUCUUCCCAGUACCGGCUGCAGCAGAGUUGGAGUGUAUCUUGAUUGGCCUGCUGGCACUCUGUCUUUCUACAAAGUCUCCCAUAACACACUGAGUCACUUCUACACCUUCCACACCUCCUUCACAGAGGCUGUGUACCCAGGCCUCUGGAUAUACAACACAUCCAACUAUGCUGCCCUACGCCCAGUUUAAUUAGAGCAGCAGAGUCAGUCACAUUAUUCUCAGUUGUCUAAGGAGCGUGGAAAGAAAAGCGUCUGGACUUCUUUAAGUUGCUUGAAGACGUUUCACCUCUCAUCCGAGAAGCUUCUUCAGUUCUAAGGUCAAAUGGUGGAGAGUCCCAGAUUUAAGCUAUGUGGGAGUGUUCCCCCCAAGAGGAUCAUGGACCCCCUGAUGAUCCUCUACCUAAUCACAUGAGCCGAGGUGUUAAAACGGGUGUGGGUCACAAUGAGCCAGGGUUUCGGGUGAGCUCAUUGUGAAACUUAGCCCCACUCUAUCAUGUGAAUUCCUGUGGUCAACCUGGGACUCUCCACCAGUUGCUCUUAGAAGUGAAGAAGCUUCUCGGAUGAAACGUCUUCAAAGAAACUUAAAGAAGCUUUUCUUUCCGAGCUCCUUAGACUACGAUGACCUGGAUGACUGAGAACCUUCACAGACAUUAUUCUUACUUCUUGAUCGCUUGUGAACCUUUUUCCUUUUUUUAUUUUUAAUCACAGCUACAUGAUGCAUAUGACAUGAAAUCACUAUUAAAGGCUUGUGUAGAGUAGAUAAGUAUAAUCUCAUUCAAGCGUUACGGAGAAAAUAAAAGAGAUCUUAAGUUUACUCGGAUGUUUCACACUUAAUAAUUAAUAAUUAUCUUCCAUUAUUAUAGCUUCUGUUAAUUAGGGGGACUUUGGGUAUCAGUGAGCUACAUAAAGCUAGAAUCACUUUCUUUUUAAAAAUAUUCUUGAGGAUCAGUUAAUCUCUUGAAAGAAUGGCUAAAAAUGUAGCGAUGGUUGUUGGUUGUUGUUCCAGUAAAGCAUUUAUUCUCAUUUUUCUUGCGUGUUCCCAUUCACAGCUGUUAAUGUGACAAACCUAAAAUACUGUAUGUGUGAAAUUUACUGUGUAUGAAUAUCAAAGUGAUGCAACAAACAAAUGUAACGGCAGUUUGGUUUCUUUCUGUUGGACAUAAAAAUGUUUGCAGGGAUCAGCGUGUGUAUUAAAGCAGACGACCCCUGACAGUCUUCUAACACUCAGAAUCCAGCCCAGAGAGUCACCACACACUCCUAACACACUGAUGUUUGUGGAGCUAAAGCUCUCAGCUUUGUGUGACACUGACACCUGCUGGAUGUUAUCAAUAAAGCUGA